UACAACUCCCAGCGGCCCUUGCGGCCGACCUUUUAAGAUGGGCGCCGGUGAUUGGCUGGAGGCUGGGCCAGUGCGAGGGUGGCUUGUUGGCUGGGCCUAGCCCGGCCGGUGUCUCGGAGGGAGGCAAGAUGGUGCUGGAGAGCACUAUGGUCUGCGUUGACAACAGUGAGUACAUGAGAAAUGGGGACUUUUUACCUACUCGCCUGCAAGCCCAGCAAGAUGCUGUCAACAUUGUGUGCCACUCGAAAACCCGUAGCAACCCAGAGAACAACGUGGGGCUCAUUACCUUAGCUAAGUACGUCUGUAGAGUUCCCCCUCCUAGAAAUCAAAAUGUCUCCUGCUCUCCCACCCAGGUGAUGGCACUGUCAGAAAACUGGAUGGACCACUGUUUUUACCCAGUAUGGCCAUUCUUAUGUUCACCUUGGAUGACAACUUUUAUUUUCCAGCUGGCUUUGAAACAUCGUCAAGGCAAAAAUCACAAGAUGCGCAUCAUUGCCUUUGUUGGAAGCCCUGUGGAAGAUAACGAGAAAGAUCUGGUGAAACUGGCAAAGCGCCUUAAAAAGGAGAAAGUAAAUGUUGACAUUAUCAACUUUGGAGAAGAGGAAGCCAACACAGACAAGCUGACUGCCUUCAUUAACACCUUAAACGGCAAGGAUGGGACUGGUUCCCACCUGGUGACUGUGCCCCCUGGCCCUAGCCUUGCCGAUGCCCUCAUUAGUUCCCCCAUUUUGGCUGGGGAGGGCGGUGCCAUGCUUGGCCUUGGCGCUAGCGACUUUGAGUUUGGAGUGGAUCCCAGCGCGGACCCAGAACUGGCUCUGGCGCUGCGUGUGUCCAUGGAGGAGCAGAGGCAGCGGCAGGAGGAAGAGGCCAGGAGAGCUGCAGCUGCUUCCGCUGCUGAGGCAGGAAUUACAGCCACUGGUGGGGAUGAUUCGGACGAUGCCUUAUUGAAGAUGACGAUCACCCAGCAGGAGUUUGGUAGAGCUGGCCUGCCCGACCUUAGCAGCAUGACAGAAGAGGAGCAGAUUGCUUAUGCCAUGCAGAUGUCUCUGCAAGGGCCAGAGUUCGCCCAAGCUGAAUCAGGAGAAGUUGAUAGCACUGCAGCCAUGGACACAUCAGAACCUACCAAGGAGGAAGAUGAUUACGACGUGAUGCAGGAUCCAGAGUUCCUACAGAGCGUGCUUGAAAACCUGCCUGGCGUCGACCCCAACAACGAGGCCAUCCGCAACGCCAUGGGUUCCUUGGCCUCGCAGGCCUCCAAGGAGAACAAGGACAAAAAGGAAGAGGAGAAGAAGUGAUGGCACUGGGGUACCGGCCUCCCUGCCACUGACAAGCGAUUGGGAUAAUCUCAGCCCUGCAUGUUCCGGUCCAUGUAACCUAAUAACUUCAGUUUACUUAAUCACGGUUCUCCAGGUAGCUGCGGAGCGAUCACAGGGCGAGGGUAGGAAGUUUUUUUUUCUUGAUGUAAUAGUUAAUAAAAACGUUAAAUUUU